UUGACUUGUGUGUUUUGAUUUUUUUAGUUUUUACUCGAAAUAAUUUUUUAUUUUAACUAAUGCAACGUAAUUUCACAGAAGAAAUCAAUUACAAAUCCUGUAAUCGAAAAAAUGAUUAAAUAUAUAUAUUUAUAAAAACGAAAGAUUGUACAGUGUGAAUUAGUAUAGUAUGUCUGAUGAUAGUUCGAGGACGUGAAUGUUAUAAAAUGCCGUGCGAAAGCUGUGCGGUGCAGUUCAGCGUAUUUAAAAGAAAACGAGCUUGUUCAGAAUGUGAACGAAACUACUGUAGCGGGUGCUUGCGGAGAGGCGGUGGUACAAUGUGUGGACCGUGCAGGGUGCUUUCUACUCGACCCCUAUACAGGCAGAGUAUCUCCCAUUUAAAAGUUCGUGACCUCCAAUACUUCCUUCAACGACAGAACGUAUCCACCAGAGGCUGCGUUGAAAAGGAAGAGUUAGUUAGCCUGUGCGUGUCGCACGUGAACAGCGCGGCGUACCGGCGGCGCGGGCCGCGCUCGGGCUCCAGCCCCUUCAGCACGCUCAAGGGCCUCACCACCAACAUCAACGACUUCAUCAACUCCGCCUUCGACCUGCGGAACCCCGCGCACCCGUCACCGCCCGCCGACAGAAGUAGUUGCUUUAAUUCGUCGCACGCACAUUCGCCGACGAACGGGACCGCGGCCAACGUCAACAUUCCAGACCGGCGCUUCACACCGACGCCAGGCGGCGAACGGGACGUGCGGGUGUCCGCGCCCGAGGCGGAGGGCGGGGCGGAGGCCGAAGCCGAGCGGGAGCCGGAGGUGCCCGUCGACACCACCGACUGCUUCGAGAUCGAGGACCUGGACGACACCGGCUGGGAGUUCAUCACGCGGCCCGCCGAGCCGCUACCCAACGACUCGGAGGUGCUGCUGGCGGCGGCGCUGCGCGGCUCCCCGCGGCGCGCGGCGUCCGAGCUCGAGCUGCAGCCCGCACCCCCCGCGCCCCCCGCGCCCGCCGCCCCCGCGCGCGCGCACAGCGCCAGCCUGCAGGACGAGCCGCCGCUCGCCUCCGACUGCUCGGAUAGUCCGAAGCACCUCACGCUGGAACAGAUAAAGCAGGCGACGGACCUGGAGCUCCUGAACGUGAAGCAGCUGAAGGAGCUGCUGACGCGCAACCGCGUCGAGUUCCGCGGCUGUCUCGAGCGGAAGGACCUGCUCGAGCGCGCCAAGACGCUGUGGGCCAACCACGUUAAGUAUAAAGAAGAAAUCGACAACCUUCCGUUCGAGGAGAGCUGCAAGAUCUGCAUGGCGGCGCCGCUGGAGUGCGUGCUGCUGGAGUGCGGCCACAUCGCGGCGUGCACGGCGUGCUCCAAGCAGCUCGCCGAGUGCCCCAUCUGCCGCCAGUACGUCGUGCGCGCCGUGCGCUUCUUCCGCUCCUAGCUCACCUGGCCGGGCUAGACUAUGUUAUUCGACUUCCAUUUCCUCCUUAUAUCAAUGAUAUAGACGUCUAGUCGAUGGCAGGAACCCUUACCGCAAACUGACUCGCCGCUCUAAACUCAAACGUGCGCCGAGACUUCAUUCAUUUAAUAUAUACGGAACGAUUCUUCGUUCUGUCGUCCGUGUAUGUCUGAGUGCCGUUGUAGCGAAAGGGCCAAUUUUCUUGUUCUCCAUUCCUUGUGUUUUGUUUAAAAUCGUAUUUUGGUGUACAAUAAUAUAAUAGUGUGUUUGCAAUAAAUAGAACGAAAUAGUAAAACUCAUUCUUUCUAAAGUAAUAAAUGUAAUGGAAGUGUUAGAAGGUGGAAGUAAUUACAAUUGAUAUAUUUUAUAUAAGAGAAUAGUCAAUUUCGUAUCAUAUAACUUACUAAAGUUAAUUUAUAUAAUUAAGUUUCACGCUUUAUCGUGUUUUUUGUCUCGUUCGGUUUGCGAGACGCAAACUUUUCAUGCAAGGCCUCCCCCGCAGUAGGGGCUCGGUCGCAAAGCCUUCCCUGUGAGGGAACGGUCAUGAGGCCUGUGUCGACAAAUCUGUCGAAUUAUUUGUGUGAUAUAAAAUGUUUAUAUAACUGCUGAGCUUGGUCCUGUUUAGAUUUAUUUAUAAAAUUGAAGUAAAAAUUGUUUUAUGUAAAUAUCCAGUUUUUAUACAAAAUAUUUUUUAUAAAGCAUCUGUAUAUUUCGACGUGGUUAUCAUUCCCUUAUCGCCGGCGUGCCGGCCGGUCUCACUCCAUAUAUAAAUUGUCUGUAUUUUAUAAAUUACAUGUAAAAAGUUUUGUUUUCCAUAACCUUGUGUCAAAUAUGAGUCCAGCGUCUCCGCUCGUACCUCAACAAACCUACGGACGAGUUUCUUAUUGAGAUGUUCAAUCGUCGCAAGACAUGCGUACAAUAAUUAAUCGUCACGUUUACUUUUGUUGUGGUUUUGUAUCUGUAAUUAUUAAUCUUCUUGUACUACGUAAGCAUGUAUCGGUUUUAUGUAAUUAAAAGUACUCUAUAUCGUCUAGAUCGAUAGCAAUUUGGGCUGUGUGACGUGUUUCGCCUAAUUGAUCCAUCUACUUGUGAAAUAUAUACUUUAUAAAGAUUGUCUGCGGUAGGUUAUUAAAACAGAGAGAGAACAGCGAAUGGGCCAACUGGUGGUUACGGCUGUACCUUAUGCUCAUUGCUAUUAGAAAUAGCUUCCAUUAUCAAACAAGUCGGUACCUGCGACGUUACCUCCCUAACUCGCGACACGCGGGCUCGUUCGCUUCCCUCGUCUGCGGGUACCGCCCACCUGGCCCAUACAGUUCACGAGAACAUGUGCCUCCUAAGUGUGACGCCACUAUCAGUUACAAACUGAAUAUAAAUAUAUGUAAUUGAGCAUUUGAUGCGUUAAACCGUGUAGUUUUGUAGACAAGAUGUCGUUUGGUUAACAUUAACUAAAAAAUGAUCCCGGAAGUUCCGGCGGGUCCUUGCGUGCGCUGAACAAGAGAUUGAUCUCAAUUGUAUUACUAGUUCAUCAAAUUGUUGAAUUGUAAAUAUAUUUGCUUUAAAGGCGUUUUAGUCAAAUUCGUGUCGUCCAAUUCGAAAGAUGAAAUACUUUUAAAAUUGUUAUUUUAAUAAUAAAUUGAUAUAAAAGUUCUUUAUUUUUAUAUAAAUUGUCUUUUAAACGUUUUUUUUUUUCAAAAAACUAUGUAAUUCGAAAUGUAAAUUUUUUAAGUAGCUAUUUCUGGAAUUGAUCCCUCGGGUGCGCUCGCGACGCCCGGGGGCGCCCGAGGGCUGCUGUGCGAGUGCUGCACCCCGGACUGCACGUUAUUGUAAUCCCGGACGAUGUCGAGUCGUCCGUUUGAAAUAUUGUAACAUAGAAUAGUCGGCGAUAAUUUUUAUAUGAUCAUUAGUGUAAAUACAUCGGAUUUGUCACGUU